AGAGAGAGAGAGAGCCUGGGAGGAAAUCAUGCAGUUUGCAAUCUGGCUGGUUGGACUAACGUGUCAUUUGUCAGCAAUUGUCCGAGAGUCUCUCACCUUCCGAUUGCAUCCAAAACAAGAAAGCUUCGUCAAACAGCUGGCAUCGUAUGAGAUCAUCACUCCGCUAAGAGUGAAUGACUUCGGAGAAUCCUUCCCUCACCGGAUGCACUACAGGAGGAGGAGAAGCGCGGAGGAUGAGCUGCAGGGCGCGCGGGUUCUGUACAGGAUCGACGCGUUCGGCCAGCGCUUCCAGCUCAACCUGAGCGCGGACAACAGCUUCAUCUCCCCCUCGUACACGGUGACGCACCUGGGAGCCGACGUCCGCGACCCGAGGAGGAGCGACAUGCGCCACUGCUUCUUCCGCGGGCACGUGGACGCCGAGCGCGAGCACGCGGCGGUGUUCAGUCUGUGCACGGGCCUGAUUGGAACCUUUACAACACAACAUGGUGAAUACUUCUUGGAGCCGCUUCUCAGUGUGGCAGGGGAGGAAUAUGACGAAGAGCACAACAAACCCCACCUUGUUUAUCGAAACGAGAGGAAAAAGAACAUCUCAAGUCCCCGUGAACCCUGCGCUGCCUCAGAGAACUCCGAGAGGCCAGCUGCUUUCGAGGGCAGAGGGAACAUGGGAGAGGAGCUGGACUCUCUCAGAGCCACGGUAGAUGAGCAACACAUUUAUGAGAACAACAGCAGCACGUCCCAUCAGCGACGCAAGCGCUUCCUCUCCUAUCCUCGCUACGUGGAGCUAAUGGUCACGGCGGACGCCAAAAUGGUGCGACACCACGGGCGCAACCUGGAACACUACAUCUUAACAAUCAUGUCAGUAGUAGCAGCAGUGUACAAGGACCCCAGCGUAGGGAAUCUCAUUAACAUCAUGAUCGUCAAGCUAGUCAUUGUCCACAACGAACAGGAAGGACCCACUGUGAGCUUCAAUGCUGCCACCACUCUGUACAACUUCUGCGUCUGGCAGCAGAGCCAAAAUGUCGAGGAUGACAGCCAUCCAUCCCACCAUGACACUGCACUCCUCAUUACCAGGGAAGACAUAUGUGGUGCAAAAGACAAAUGUGACACUUUAGGACUUGCAGAGCUUGGGACCAUGUGCGACCCGUUCCGCAGCUGCUCCAUCAGUGAAGAAAAUGGAAUCAGUGCCUCCUUCACCAUCGCUCAUGAACUGGGCCAUGUGUUCAACAUGCCUCAUGAUGACAACCCUAAGUGCCGUGAGGCAGGCAUGAAGCACCAGUACCACGUCAUGGCUCCCACCCUCAACUAUGAUACCAACCCAUGGUCGUGGUCCAAGUGCAGUCGCAAGUACAUCACAGAGUUUUUAGACACUGGAUACGGGGAGUGCCUCCUCGACGAGCCUGUAGGCAGAACAUACGAACUUCCCACACUCCUCCCUGGUCAGAUCUACAACGCCAACAGGCAGUGUGAGCUGAUGUUUGGUCCUGGGUCACAAAUUUGUCCUUACAUGAAACAGUGCAAAAGGUUGUGGUGUACAAGUGCUGAGGGGGACCAUAAAGGCUGUCGCACCCAGCACAUGCCACUAGCUGAUGGGACUGACUGUGGUCAUGGAAUGUACUGCAAACAUGGGAUGUGUGUAAACAAGGAGCUAGACACGCAGCCGGUCCAUGGACAGUGGGGUCCAUGGGGACCCUACAGUAUUUGCUCCAGGUCCUGUGGUGGAGGAACAAGGAGCACCACCAGAGACUGUAACAAGCCCGAACCCAGAAAUGGCGGGAAGUUCUGCGUGGGACGUCGAAUGAAGUUCCGCUCUUGCAACACUGAGCCGUGCCCACGAGGGCGCAAGGAUUUCCGUGAAGAGCAGUGUUCUCAGUUUGACGGCAAGCACUUCAAUAUCAACGGUCUACCUCCUACCGUCCGCUGGGUCCCCAAGUACAGUGGCAUCCUAAUGAAGGAUCGCUGUAAGCUCUUUUGCCGGGUUGCCGGUACUAUGGCUUACUAUCAACUAAAGGACCGGGUCAUUGACGGCACUCCGUGUGGUCCAGACACUUAUGACAUCUGCGUUCAAGGCCUCUGCAGGCAAGCAGGUUGCGAUCACGUUCUGAACUCCAAGGCGAGGAAUGACAAGUGUGGAGUCUGUGGUGGGGACAACUCCUCGUGUAAGACCUUAGCAGGGACCUUCAACGAUGCUCAGUAUGGUUACAACGUAGUAGUGCGGAUCCCAGCUGGAGCCACCAACAUUGAUAUCAAACAGGUCAGCUACUCUGGAAAACCAGAAGAUGACAACUACCUCGCACUAUCUGACAGCCAGUCUAACUUCCUCCUGAAUGGCAACUUUGUGGUGGCCAUGUUCAAAAGGGAAAUCACCUUUAAGGGAGCUGUCAUUGAGUACAGUGGCUCAGACACAAAAGUAGAGCGUAUCAACUGCACCGACCGUAUCGAUGGAGAGCUCAUUCUGCAGGUUCUGUGUGUGGGAAACCUUUACAACCCAGAUGUGCGUUACUCCUUUAACAUACCCAUUGAGGAGAACAGGGAGCGGUUUGUGUGGGAUCCCUCAGGCUCCUGGCUUGAGUGCAAUCGUAUCUGUCAGGGGGAGCGAAGACGCAAGGCAGUAUGUGUUCGUGAGAGUGACCACCUUGAAGUAUCGGACCAACGAUGUGAACAUUUACCUCGUCCCGUUGCUGUUACUGAGCCCUGCAACGCUGACUGUGAAGUCAGGUGGCACGUUGCUGGAAAAAGUGAAUGUUCGGCUAAGUGUGGCCCCGGCUACCAUAGCCUGGAUGUUCAGUGUAUGAAGUACAGCCUGAUAAAGAGACAGAGUGAGCGGAUGGAGACCAGUGCCUGCUCAGACAUCGCCAAACCUCAAACCAGAGAACCAUGCCAUGGAGAUUGUCUGCUCAAGAGCUGGCAGUACGGUGCCUGGUCACAGUGCUCUAAGUCGUGUGGGCGUGGGAGUCGGAGCAGAGAGUCUUACUGCAUGAACAAUCUGGGCCGGCGCCUGGUGGACAGAGACUGCAGUGAGUACCAGAGGGUGGUAACUGAGACCUGCAACGAGCAACCCUGUCCAAAGUGGAGCGUUAGUGAGUGGAGCGAGUGCCUGGUGACUUGUGGGAAAGGAAUGAGGCACAGGCAGGUGUCUUGCAGCACAGGGGACGGGGAGGAAAAGCUGAGCGAACAUUUCUGUGAUCCGUCCAAUAAGCCUACUGCUGUAGCGAGCUGCGAGCUCCCGAGCUGCGCAUCCUGGCAGGUUGGCGUCUGGGGAGUGUGCACAGUGACCUGUGGUCAUGGCUACCAGAUGAGAGCUGUGAGGUGUGUGUUGGGGGAUUAUGGCGACACAGUUGAUGACAGAGAGUGCAAUGCUGCAACAAGGCCCAGAGACAGUCAGGAGUGCGAGAUGCCAGCGUGUUCGUGGCCGUCUCAAAUCACUCCUCGUCCUGACAACUCUGUGCAGCUCGUAACUCAGUGGAGAUACGGCUCCUGGACUGCGUGCUCAGUAUCCUGUGGCAAGGGGAAGCGGGCGCGUUAUGUCAGCUGCAGAGAUGCACAGGGAGGUGUGGCUGAUGAAUCAUACUGUGUCCACCUGCCACGCCCCCCUGAGUUCUCCACCUGCUUCAGCCCCUGUGGCCAGUGGCAUCCCAGAGAGUGGUCUGCUUGUUCAGUGACAUGUGGUGUUGGAAGAACAACCAGACAGGUGACUUGUUCUAACUACCACCACCCAGUGGACCCAUCUUUCUGCGACCCAGAUGAGAGGCCCGCCACAGAACAGGAGUGUACUACAUUGCCCUGCCCUUCUGUUUAUAAUCGGCAGCACAUUUAUGAACAGCCAUACGAAUAUCCUCAGGAUCCCAGACGUCACCCCGGGCACAGCAGCUGGAAUGUCCCUUCAGCAGACAACCAGUGGAGGACCGGACCCUGGGGCUCGUGUUCCAGUAGCUGUGCCGGAGGUUUUCAGAGGCGAGUGGUGGUCUGUCAGGAUGCCGAUGGGCGCAGCAACAGUUACUGUGAUGAAAGGGUCAAACCUGCAGAAUCCAAAAGCUGCGAUUCUGGUCCCUGUCCUCUGUGGAACUAUGGCAUCUGGGGAGAGUGCACCCAGACUUGUGGUGGAGGGAGGAGGACACGCUUGGUGGUCUGUCAGAGGCCCAACGGACAAAGGCUCAACGACUACAACUGUGACAUCCUGGACAAGCCACCAGACAUGGAGCAGUGCAAUCUGCAGCCCUGUCCCGGCUCCGCAUCCUGGCAUCGCCGACCCUGGAAGCCGUGUUCAGUGAGCUGUGGUCGCGGCACCAAGCAGCGGGACAUUGCCUGUGUUUCGCAGAACCAAACCAAACUUGAGGAGACCCACUGUGGUCAUCUGCCUCGGCCGCGAUCGCAGAAGACAUGCCGGGUUCGAGGAUGCCCCACGUGGAAAGCCAACAGGUGGCAGGAGUGUUCGUCCACUUGUGGGACUGGAGUUCGGAACAGAGACGUUUACUGCAGGUUGAAAGGCACCGGACGAGUCCGAGAGGAUCUGUGUGACCCACACAUGCGUCCUCCUACCGUCCAACCGUGCCUCACUGCAGAAUGCACACACUACAGCUGGGUUGCUGGCAAAUGGGAAGACUGUAAUGCAACAUGUGGAGGAGGCACGAGCAGCAGAAAAGUGAGCUGUUUAGGCCCAGGGAUGACACCGGCCCAAGAUGAUUACUGUGAACCAUCAUCCAAACCUUCAUCACUCCAACACUGUGAAGGAGCUCCCUGUCACUACAUGUGGAUAACAGGAGAAUGGUCACAGUGCUCUGCCAGCUGUGGUGUUGGCUAUCAGCAGCGUAUCGUCUCCUGCUCCCCGAUGUCCUCCUCUUACACUGUUCAGCAUUUCUACACUCAGUCCUCCUCUGUUGGCUCAAAGUGCCCUGAGCUGUCCCCUCCUGCCACCCAGCCAUGCCUCCUCAGAGAGUGCACACACUCCACCUACUGGAAAGUUGGGCCAUGGACCAAAUGUUCUCAGACGUGUGGGGCAGGCGUGAUGUAUCGCAAAGUGGAAUGUGUAACCUCCAAAGACCAACCAUCUACACUCUGUCGUUUGGAAGAAAGACCUGAAUCUCAAGCUGCGUGUCAGGAUCGACAAUGCCAGUUGUUUGCAUCUUGCCGGGAGGUCCAGUUGAGGCAGGGCGUGAGGAUGGAUGGGGAAUACUAUCUGAAAGUCAAGUCUCGGAUCCUACAGAUUUACUGUGCUGAGAUGCAGACUGAUUCUCCUAAAGAGUAUGUGACACUGCGCAGCGGACAGACAGACAACUACUCAGAAGUGUUUGGGCAGAGGUUGCUGAACCCCUUCGAGUGCCCGUAUAACGGCAGCCGCCGACAGGACUGCGACUGCAGGAACGACUAUCCUGCAGCCGGAUACACACUCUUCCACAAAGUUCGCCUUGACCUGAACUCCCUGAGGAUAAUGAUCACAGACCUCCGGUAUUCCCAGACUCUCCUCGGCCGCCCUGUGCCCUUUGCUACAGCAGGAGACUGUUACAGUGCAGCCAAGUGUCCACAGGGUCAGUUCAGUAUUAAUCUGAUCGGCACUGGCCUCAAAGUGGCUCAAACCACCAAAUGGACAUCUCAAGGCAACUAUGUUUCUCUUAAAGUCCACAGAUCAGAGGACGGAACAAGAAUCUACGGCCGCUGUGGCGGUUUCUGUGGGAAGUGCAUUCCUCAAGCUCACCACGGCCUACUCCUUACAGUUCACUGAAAGUCAAGCCGAGAGCCAAACGCCUAAAUCUGUUUUGAAGACACGAGCCCAGAAACACACAGUCAGAGGGAUAUGUUGGAUCCUGCUGUCGGUUGCGAGCGUGGCGGACAAUCAUCCGACACCCCACAGUGAUGUUUCCUGUUUACGAAUGGCAGCUAAAGUGGUUGCAACGCAACCUACUCUGCAGCACUACAGGACCACCAUAAGGUGCUUUAUUCAAACGUAAGGGGACUAAGCUUCAUUAGUUUGGCUGUUGUGUUAUAUUGUGCUGGUCUGGUAUACCUGCUUUGUAAAACAGAAAGGGAUACAAGACACAAUACUGAAAAGGAAAGCAAGUGGGAAACCAGAAGUAAAGGCCCCGUCACACUAUAUUGUUUUAGACAACUUAUGCCGACGUGUGAAAAUUUUGUCUUGUCAAUUUUACCCAUAUCAGCUAUAUGUUCAAUCAAUAUUCAAAAAUGUUUUAGCAUUACAUAUGUAAAGGUCCAAAAAAAAAAAGGCUGGCUUCCAGUAGAUUUUUUUUGAUUAAAUCUUCGUUUUAGACACCUUUAGUGUUGGACAAACUUGUCAUAAGUUGUCUAAAACAUGACAGUGUGACAGGACAGGAGCCUAACUUCUCUCGCUUUAAAAGCUGUCUUUUGUUUUGGUCAUCUGUGGAUUGAAGUAGUCAGUUAGUUGUUGUCAAUUUGACCUAUCAGUUUGACUGCAUCCAGAAAAAAAAAUUGUUUAAAGGUGAAAACACCCCAUUUAAGUAAAGAUUGUUGCAAUUCAUCUGUGACUAAAAGUGUGUAAACUAAAAUAUUAUAAUGUAUUACAGGGUGAGAGAUUUAAACUGCUAGCUGCCGGCUUUCGGUAAAUUUUAAAGUAUUAUCAUUAUCAUCUAAUGAACAAAGUAAAUCUUUUAAAAUGACUUGUAAUGAUUUAGAUCUUUUAAAGUGGGGUUUAAUGGAAAGGUGAACAAUUAAUAUUAUAUUUGUUAUAAGUAGCUCCUUGUGUAUUUAUAAUUAGAAAUAUAAAAACCAGCCUAAUUCAAAAUUGGCAGCUAUUUACAAGUUUAUAAUGUACUGCAAGUACCGUGUACAAUGAGAACUCAAUAUAGGCACAGAAACCUGGUCUAGUACUCAAAGUUUAUCAUACAUCACAGUGCUGGGGUCCAUUCUGACCAAACACUUCUAAGAGAUCUGGACAAACUUGGCCCCAAAUCCUGUGUUCUCACAAUGUUUGUAGAUAACCCGGCCUCGCCCUGAUAUGAUGUCAUAGAAAACAAGGAAGCAAGUUCUGGAAAUGAACACUAAAACUAAAUAGAGACUUGUUAAUUGUCAUUUUUGUUAAAAGUAAAUGAUUACAAUUAAUCAAAAAGUAUAAAAUAAGUGUGAAUCUGAAACUUUGGUCUGAUGAGACUUGAUAAAGCACUUUUUAGGUUCAGUCCAUUUACCGUUCAAUCAGUCACAAAAUAUCUGACAGUACGAUUUGCAUAAAAUGCUGUGUAGUUUUUGAGCUUGGUGUUGUUUUAAGAUGCCAGGGAUCUAUUUUGGAACUAAACCAACUCAGAUGAACUGUUCUAUCAGAAAUAAAGCAUUUUUCCAACCUGAAGCCAUGUACAAGCAGCAGGUUUAUAUAACCUUUCUAGUGAACCCCACUUCAAAAGAUCCAAACCAUCACUUCCACAUAAAACGCCAAGUACUGUCAUCCUUUGUGACUUACCUCAUGUCAGAGGUCAAACGUUGAGAGAAGAUUUAAUGCUUUUAAACCAACACAGAUAGUUUUUGCCACCAGUGUUACGGUUCUUACAUUCUUCUAUCUGUUGUCAGGUUUUCAACAAACACUUUGGCAACAAUCUACUUACAACCAGAGCAUGACACUGACAUAAAAACUGUUAGAAAAUGAUUUGUACUGUGAUAUAAAACAAUAUGCUCAUUAGUUUCCAGUGUUAAAGUGUAAUCAUUUUUCUGUAAGUUCUCAUCUGUUAUACGUGACAGUAUCAGGGUGACGUCUCGCCUCACCCCCUCCGUUAGACCUGCUGUAGGUACUUACAACCCCCUACCUCCCACUAACGUCCAUAUUCAGUUGAGAUAUGUAAUAUAUUUAUUUAAAACCAUAUUUAUUCUCUACUGACAUCAAAAUAUGAUCUGUUUAUUGCUGUACUGUGACUACUUCCUACAUACUUUGUCCACACAUUUACUGUAUGGUGUAACCACUAACUAGUUUAUUUUAAAUGGUGCUUUUUGACUAAUGGAAUUACCUCUAAUCUAAAGAAGGAGAAAAGUGACUUUGGCAGAGCUUCAGUUAUUUUAAAAGACACAGCUGAGCUUAAAAUUCUCUUUAACUGAUGCUUAACCAGCUCGUAGCCAAAACGUUUGCUGCAUGAAUGUUAAUUAUAUCAGCUAAACUGGUACAGCUCAUCAAUAAGAGAUGCACUUUCAGAAAUAACUUAUUAAGGCUUCCACUACAACUGCUGUAAUAAUCUAACAGGCCUUUAUACUGUUUGUCAUUAAGCUUUACCCAAAGUUAGAAACUAGAUGCAGAUUUUUUUUAUUUCAAUGUAUUCUGUCUUGAUUUAAAGAGUGGCUGAAAAUGAUAAAAAGCAAAUGAGCGGCUUGAAAAACUUUGGCUGUUAUUCAUGUUUAAGGUGGCCAAAUGUUCUAUGAGAUCUGUAUCAGAAAUGUAAACAAUAUGUGAUGCACUGUGUGCCAUUAAUUUUGUAGAAAUGUAAUCCUGAUUUUUUUAAAUAACCUUCAUGUUUUGUAACUUAUGAUACUGUAUAUGUGUAUUUUUAAUAUUCUUACUUGAACUGUAAACAAUGUGCUAAACUAUUGAAGGGGCAUUGUAAAAGCCAGUGUGUUCGUUUGCUAUACUUAUCCAAAGAUGUUUUAAGGAUCGCAUGUUCAUGUGGGAUGGAUGGAUGGAUGGAUAGAUGACAGAUGAUGGAUAGAUGAAUGGAUGGAUUGAGUCUGUAAGAACAAUUCUGGUGCUAUGGUUACUAAUCAUUCAAUUACUGUAUGUCCUAUUAUAAUAAGAAAGCAAAGCAAUAAAACAAAAUAAUAAAACACAGA